UUACCGAUAUAUUUUUAUCGUUCAAGAAACCAACAACAAACAAUAAAAUGGGCAAGGAUCGUGGUCGUGGAGGACGAGGACGUCGGAACUUUCAGUCCAGACCGUACAACAAAAACAACUGGCGCGGUCAGAAAAAGGAGCAUGCAAAGCACAGCAAUGGCGAUGGAAAUUCACAACCACGCAACAAACAACCACAACAAAAAUGCACGUUGCGGGAGAAUCAAGUGGGCAUAACAGAGUUUACAAAUCCAAAUUUAGCCGGUUUCACAGGCAUUCUGAAGUCCCGAUUCUCCGAUUUCCAUGUGAAUGAAAUAAACACCGAAGGACACGUGUUGCAGCUAAAUGAUAUCAGCGUACCAAAGUUGGAAAUUAAACCUGUGGAUGCCACACAACUGGAGGAAUGGCGUAAGAAACUGGAGAAUGUAAUUGAUGAUGAUGUGUGGCAGCAAAUUGCCGCCUUGUCCACUGCCAAAUAUGAUGCCAAGAGUGAACAGCAUGUGGAAGUCAACGUUACCAGCCUGGACAAGGAGCAGCGCACACAAAUCCACCAGUUGAUCAAGCAGCUUUAUCUCGGCAAACUGGUGUCCAAAACACUUGACCAGCAACCUCAAAAUCAGGAAGAGAAACAGGAUGAGGCAGAGCCUGCCGAGGCGAAGAAAGUUAUACGUAUUUUAAAACCAAAACCAGGACGAUCUGACAAUCGCUGGAACUUUCCGGGUGAAUAUGUGAAUUUUGUGGUGCACAAAGUGAAUAUGGAUACCAGUGAGGUGGCUUCAACGAUUGCCAAUCAAUUACAUCUGCGUCCCUCCCAGGUGAAUUACUGCGGCACCAAGGAUAAACGGGCUAAAACCACUCAAAGCUUUUCCAUAAAGCGUCGCACUCCGGAGGCAAUUGCCAAUGCUGCACGUGGUAUGCGUAAUGUCUACAUUGGAAACUUUAGCUUCACGUCCAGCACAUUAAAGCUGGGUGAUCUUCAGGGGAAUCGCUUCCGGAUUGCAUUGCGUCACAUCACACAGCCGCAGGAGCACAUUGAACUGGCAUUGCAGUCGCUGAAGGAACGUGGCUUCAUCAACUAUUAUGGCUUGCAGCGAUUUGGCAAUAGCGCCAGUGUGCCCACCUAUGAGGUGGGCGUGGCAUUGCUUAAGCGUGACUAUAAGUUGGCCUGUGAGCUGAUAUUAAAGCCGCGUGACAACGAUGUGGAGUUCAUGCGUGCCAUACGCGAAGCCUGGUGGGAGAAUCGGGAUUCGGCUGCUGCUGCUGCCAAGUUCUAUAAUAAUAAGUACAUAGAGAAGAAGCUGCUGGAUGGACUGGCCUCAUUUGGUGAGAAUGAUUACUCUGCAGCGCUGCGACGCAUACCACGGAAUAUGCUGCUCCUGUAUCCUCAUGCCUAUCAGAGUCUGAUCUUUAAUCGGAUUGCAUCGCGUCGUAUCAAGGAGUUUGGACUCAAGUUAAUACCUGGUGAUUUGGUGUACGUCGAGGAGGAUAACAACCAGCAAGUUCCGAAAGCUGAAGAGCCUGCACCUGAAAGUGUUGAUGCCGUUGAAGAUGACAUGGAAGUGGAUGGUGAUAAUUUACUGGAAGAAGAGUCGAUUUUUAAACGGAAAGUGAGACCACUUACCGCCGAGGACAUUGCCAGCGAUAAGUACAAGCUGUCGGAUGUUGUGCUACCAUUGCCAGGCUAUGACAUAACAUAUCCCAACAACGAGUGUGCCGCUUGGUAUGAGCAAAUGCUCGGCGAGGUGGGUCUCUCCUCGGAGCUACUGCGCCACAAGGAAAAAACCUAUGCUCUGGGUGGAGCUUAUCGUAAAUUGCUUAUACAAACCAGCGACUUAAAAUGGAGUUUCCGUCGGUAUAGCACACAUGAAGAUACUUUAAUAGCCUCUGAUUGGGAGCAGUUGAAAAAUAUUGAAAUAACACCAGAGCCCUCUGAAUCAGAGGGCAAGUAUACAGCUUUAUUGCUGGACUUUUCAUUGCCAACAGCUGCCUAUGCCACAAUGUUACUGCGAGAAUUAUUCAAACAAGAUACAUCCACAGCCACGCAAAUGCAACUGGAGCAGGCAGAAAUCCUCAAGAAAUUGCAAUCAGAUCCACAAACAGUUACGGACGAAGCGCAACCGCAGCCAAUUUGAAAGUAACGUUCAACCACACAAUAUAAUCAAUAAGGGAAAUCAAUUUACGCGCGCUCAUCUUGUACAUGUAAAUAUGCAUGUGUGUGUGUGAGUGUAUCAGUGUGUGUGUAACUUAAAACCAACCACAACAAUAACAAUGCGCACGUGAGUGCAAGCUCGCACGCUCUCUCAGUCUCACUCUCACAUUGGCUUUCGCUCUCUGGCUCUUUGUAUUAGCAGCCAGGACCAGCUUGUGAGUCCUAUUCCGAUGCCAUUAGUACGCUGACAAGCGAGAGCUUUGGACGCGCUGCGCAGUUAGCAAAGCAUCGACGUGUGUGUGCGUGUGUCUACAUAAAUGUUGUAAAAGAAGAAUAACAAUAACAAAUAACACAAGUCGCGUGUACUGCUAACAAAGAUACGAAAGCAUCUUUGUGAAUUUGAUUUAACCGUUACAAAGUAAUC